GGGGGUUGCUUCAAACUUUGAGAAAAACAGAAGAUGAACGUAUGAAAAGAACACACAGGAGGGGGGGGGCAUGGCCAGUGGAGGUGGCACGGGUGGCCAUCCGGGCUAAGGCUUUUACUUGGCUGCAGACUGGUCGGAUUUCGAAGCUUCUGGGCCCCCAAGCUGGGCCCGCGACUCGAAGGUGACGGGGAUGGUGAUCUCGUUGGACUGCGUGGCUGGCUUGGGCAUGGGGGCCUCCACGGUCAGUGUGCCCUCAGGGGACAGGGAGGAGGAGACCUGGGUGGGGUCCACACCAGGCGGCAGCGUGUAUUUCCAGGUGAAGCAGCGGGAGGUGAAUCCGUGCUCAUCCUGCCGCUCCUCGUGCUUGCCAGUGAUCUCCACCACGCCACCCUUGGUCUUGACCGUCAGCUCCUCGGGGGCGACGUGGCUGACGUCCAGGGACACGCGCCAGCAUGCCUGAACUGGAGACAGGGCUUCAUGUAACUCCUCCUUCAGACAGCAGUAGCAGCAGAGCAGUCUCUCCCUUUGCCAAGGUUCGAAGUUCCAUGGUCCAGGUUGCUAGUAUUACCCAAGCUGGAUUAACCCAUGGGAUCAACUUUGCUGUGGCAAAAGUUCAGAGGAGUCCGGCAGAAUCUGAAGUGAUUAAUGAAGUCCGGCAAAAUGAAUUUAAAAAUAUGUUUAUACAAUGUCAGACACGGAUAAUUCAGAUUUAGCUUUUAGCCUGAAGAAUACUUCCAUGGCUUUUAUUUAAAAAUAUGAAAA